CAACCAUACGGAACAUUCCCCAUACGUGUCAUUCAGCCGAGCUGACUUAGGGGGAGAUGUACUAAGCCUCGGAGAGUGAUAAAGAGUGCGGCACUUUUGUAAGCACAGGAAGUGGGGCGCACAUUGGCAGUGGAGCGUGGAGGAAGGGAGGAAGCAGCAUGGUGAAGACCCGCAGGAACCAGCGGUUUAAGAAACCUAAAGUAGAUGAAGAUGUAUAUGAUGCAUCCCUGGCCAAGGCAGAUGUGCCCUCAGCUAAAGAGGUCUCCUCAGAUUAUUAUAAUGAUGAAAUUGAUAAGUAUCAUGAAGGGACUAUUAAGAAUCUGAUGGAGAAAGGAGUGCAGUUUGACAGUGAUGAAGAUCAAUUGGACAGUGAGGAUGAGCUUAUGCCCCUUGAUAUUCAUGAAGAAGAUGAUGAGCAGGAGGAGGACCGUAGUUCAAUGGGAAGUGACUUGGAUGAUCUUCGAAAAGAUGAUAUCCCAGAUGAAUUGGCUUGGGGUCAGAAGAAAAGACUGUAUUAUGACACAGACUACAAAGAAUACAGCAAGAAAAAAGUAAAAAAAACCAAAGAGGAGUUGGAAGCUGAGGCAGAGGAGGAGGAGGAGGAAGCACAGAAUGUUCAGAGGCGCUUGGCCAAGGCCCUAAAUGAGGAAGAUUACCGUCUGGAUUUUAUUCAUGAGUUUGGAGAAAAGUCGAGUGAGGAGAAACAGUCAGAGCAGAAGAUUGUGAAAGACUUUGAAAAAAUGUCUGACAAGGAGAAGAGGAAGUUGUUGAAGAAAGAAUCUCCAGAGCUACUGGAACUAAUGCAAGAUCUAAAGCUGAAGUUGGCAGAAGUUAAAAAUGAGUUGGAACCUUUGGUCAAAAUGGUGAAAGAAGGAAUCAUUCCUCAAGGAAAGGGCAGUGCAUAUCUUCAGAUGAAAUAUCAGCUGUACUUAAAUUAUUGCACAAAUAUUAGUUACUAUCUUCUUCUGAAAGCAAAAAGACUGUCAGUCACCGGCCAUCCUGUGAUAGAAAGACUGGUCACAUACCGGAAUUUGAUUAAUGACCUGGAAGUUGUGGAUCAACGACUGUCUCCAGAAAUGCGCCUGCUUCUGACUCUAGAUUUACAAAGAAGCACCACUGCGACAAAACUUCACGCUGCUCAGCCGAAAGUGACCAAAAAAUCCGCCGCCAAGCGCCCACUCACAGAGACUGAGGUUGCUGAAGACUCUGAUUUGGACGAAGAAGAUGCUCUAAAUUACUACAAGAUGAUGGCAAAUAAAUUGUUAGAAAAAAGGAAACGCAACGUGGAUGAGACAGUUGAUGAGUUUGUGUCUGAAGAAAUGGAUCCAAAUGCAAAGAGAGCAAUUACUUACCAGAUUGCAAAAAAUAAAGGCCUUACACCAAAAAGAAAGAAGAUUGACCGUAACCCUAGAGUUAAACACAGAGAGAAGUACAGACGUGCCAAGAUCCGUAGAAAAGGCCAGGUGCGUGAGGUCCGUAAGGAAGAGGUCAGAUAUUCCGGGGAGUUAUCUGGAAUCCGCGCUGGAGUUAAAAAGAGUAUUAAGCUUAAAUAAAGAAUUUAUGAAAUUUAUUGCCCCAUAUUGUAUAAUAAACAUUUGUAUUGUAACAA